AUGACCGGUUUCGCCGAGCUGCUGACGUUCGGCAACGCGCUCUCGCUCCGCGUGGACGGCGCCAUCGGCGCCAUGUCGCUUUCGCCCAACGGCCGCGACGCAGUGUUGGCCGGCCGCAAAGGCCUUUUCAUCAUCGACUUGGACGACCCGUUCACGCCGCCGCGCUGGCUCCACCACAUCACGUCGUGGGAGGUGGCGGACGUGCAGUGGCUGCCGCACCACGCCAAGCCGUCGUGGUGCGUGCUGACGCUGAACCAAAAGGCGUUGCUCUGGGACUUGCUGCGGCCGCACACGCACGCCAUCCAGAACGUGCUCCACCGCCACACGCGGGCCAUCACGGACAUCCACUUCCACCCGCAGGACCCCGAGUUGCUAGCCACGUGCCUGAUCGACACGUUUGUGUUCACGUGGGACAUGCGCACGCCGCGGCGGCCCGUCAACAAGUACGCCGAGUGGCGGGCCGGCGCCACGCAGGUCAAGUGGAACUCCAGCAGCCCGCACCAGCUUGCGCUGAGCCACCACCACAGCUUCUACUUGUGGGACGCACGCAAGGGAGCGCUGCCGUUGUUGCGCGUGGACGGCGCCCACGGCGGCAAGAUCAACGGGCUCGAUUUCAGCGGCCACUGCGGCCGCGUGAUCACCUGCUCCAACGACAAGAGCAUCAAGUUCUGGGACACGCAGAGCUUGCAGGGCGACGUGCCGCGGCCGGCCAUUGUGAUCCACACGGACUACCCGGUGGCGCGCGCACGGCGGCUCCCGUUUGGCCAGGACAACUGCUGUGGAAUCAUGCCCGUGCGGGGCGGCGACAACGCGGUGCACGUGGUCAACUACAAGGCCGAGUACGGCCGUGCGCGGUCGCUCGGCGAGACCGUGCACAUGGACGCGAUCGCAGACUACUCGUUCCGAGGCCAUGGCGGGCCGAUGAAGGACUUCCUCUGGCGCCAGCAGCACGAGCACUACGAGGGCUUUGCGGCCAGACGGGCCUGGAAGGAGUACCAGUUGGUCACGUGGUCGCCGCUGGACUUCGACUUGCGCUUGUGGCCGCACGACAAGGCCGUGUACGACGUGGCCAACUACAACCCACUGCACCAGUACAACUCCUACGUGGUGGAGCCCGAGUCGUCGUUCGCGGACUUUGCCAAGGAGCUGGGCGGCGACAUGCUCUCCCGCCUCGCGGGCUUCGUCAUCAAGAAGUCCCACAAGAGCCUAGGCCGCUCGUCGCAGUUGAACCACUUGAGCUGGAUCUCCGGCGUACGCAUGGGGCGCCAGACCAAGGGUAAGUCUGCGGACGUGGAUGGCGCCGCGCAGGAGGACCAGGGUCCCGCCAACCUCGGCGAGGAAAUCAGUAUAGUGGGCCACAAGUUCUCCAAGCUCCGGUUCGAGAAAAUCUCGGUCUCCACCGGCCACAUUGAGAUCUCGUUGCGCGGUCCGCUUCCUGCCCUGGCGGAAGACGACACAGAAGAUCUCGACCUGCAGCCGAAGCCUGUGAAGAGCGACAAGGAAAAACGUGACAGCGUGUCUGAAGUCUCCAACGCGGCAGGGCCGCAAAGCGAGGCAGCCGCAACCACCCCUGCGCCUGUUUCAACAGAUCAGGCUCCCGAACAAAAGCUUAUCUUCAUUCGGCUCGACGUCAGGUUUCCCAGGAUGUACCCGUUUCUUGAGCCUCUCGAGUCAACACACACAGGCAAGAGGCGACUCAAGCACAAGAAGUCCAACCAAAUCAGGUUCGAAAUCGAAGAGACACAUGAGCUCACAGCUGCUAUGAAAAAAGAGAUGUUGCGCAACCUCGAUGAGAUAGCGCAUUUCUACUCCAAUAAAUACCACAAAUACUGCCUCGAACCAUGUUUGCGAUACUUGAUGGGCGAGAAAAUUGACCUCGAUGAUUCCUUGAUGAUGGUCACACGCAGCGAGGAUGAAGACGACGCCCUAGACGGCACAGAAAACAGCUUGGAAGUCGGCAACGAAAACUGGGUUGAUGAUUUGAUCGACCAACACGAGGCCGCGGCUUCCUUUGCACGUGAGAUGUCUGUUUCUGCGGACGAGGAUGACGAGGAUGCCGACUUGAUCUUUGGAAAUAAUGACAAAAUGUCCUCCAGCUUGGAACUGGCCAGACGGGUCCAUAGCAACGAAGACCCCAAGACAGCAACGGGCACCCAGAACAAAAUCAAACACGAUUCAACGCCUUUGCCCAAGGGCUGUGGAGCUGUUUGGACGAGGUCUGGCGAGCUUGUAUGUUUUUUCCUUCCAAAAAUGAACGAGAGUGAAGCAUCCAAGUCGUUACAGAAACUGAGCGUAUUCAAGUUUACCGAGAAUGGCUUUGGACUAAAAAGCACAGAGUCUCGACACACCCAAAGCCAUCGUCAAUCAACAUCUCAUAUACUGACAACUCUGGCCACAGGUGUCUACAUUCCUCCAGAUACGGACAGUGGGACGGAUCUCGAGAAUACUGUUGAAUCUGAGGAUGACACCUUUUCCAUGAAAUCGGGCAGCUCUACCUCCUCAAGCGAAAGCUUCUCAAACGAUUGGGAUGAAAUGUUGCAGGACGACAUUCCGUCUGGCUCGCGGAUACACGGACUAUUCAGAGGCACUGUUGCUUUGGGUAGACGGAUCCGGGUUGAUGAAAUUAAUGGAAACUCCGCAAAUAGGACUAUUGGGGUAAAAGGAUCCGCAUACAAAUCUUCGGCUGUGGAUGAAACGGGACUGAAAUCUACAAGGAAGGCAAAGAAGGGCAAACGUGGUAUUUCUGUUGUUUCUAUCAUUGAUUUCAAGCAUCUUAUUCCAGAAAAAUAUGAGCUUGCUUGUGACUACAGGGUUUUAGGAGACUCCCCCGAGGUACUUGCACGACACAAUAGCGAAGUUGCUUUUCAUCAUGGCUACGAAGAAAUCGGUAGCGUUUGGAGAAUAGUCGAAAUGCUUCUCGUGAAGGAGGUCAGGUUGAGAGACCUAACCGAGGUUGGAAAGGACUUUUUUCACGCACGUAGUGGAACAAGCUGCGAUUUUUAUUGGGGCAAUCAUCCUAUGGGGCACGCCUGGAUGAUCAAAGAACUUUUUAACUAUUUUGAAAAGAGAGGGAAUCUGCAAAUGCUUGCUAUGCUUUCUUGUUUACUCUUUGAAAAUCCUCUCAACAUCCGAGCGAAAGAUGAUGGAGCACUCGACAUCCCUAUUCAUACUCCAUACCCAUCGUUACCUCCCAUGCCCUCUAUAGCUCUGAUGAGGGAACAUGUUAUCGUUUCAUCAGAAGAGGCAAACACUGGAAAUGAAAGCUCGAAAAGCGUGGGGACAGACAGGCAUCGGUCUAUCUCACGAAAGCCAUCUAUUAUGAGCACUCAUUUCUCCAGACCUAUUUCUCCAGAUUUCAUGAGACGCAGUGAGUCUCCUUCCGCAUUGGCGUCUCUGAAAUACCCACCAGGCGGCUCCUACCAGCUCAGCUCACCGCCUUUGAUGGAUCCUUUUUCACAGGGUAUAGCCCCUGACCGAAAUGCGAGAUCUUUCGAGAAUUCAAAACUCUUUUCUCGCUUCUCCGCAAAUGCUCGAAAAGGUAGCAAAGGCGUGCUCCAUAAAGGAAGAAGCCUGAUGGCGUUUCAUGGUCAUAGGGAGAAAGUCAAGCUACCACCACUGUACACGAUAGAGAUCAAAAAUGUCGAGCUGCUAGAUCUCUAUGAGAACAAGUUUUCUGCGCAUUUACUAGGAGGAAUUGACCAGAAUAAGAUCAUACAAUACAGGGAGCAAUACGCAGAAAUGUUGUACACCUGGGGUCUUCCUUUGAAUCGAAUCAAAAUAUUGAAGUUCAACUAUCCGCAAGGUUCUGCCAAUACUCAAACGAACGCCGAUUUCGACGUUCAUGAGUGCUCGUAUGGAUCUCGAUACAGAAAAGCAUUCAGAAAUGCAUGGAACACACAGAAGCGCAAUGUACUUCAAUACUGCGGCUACUGUGGGUUAAUUAUCUCAAAAAGAGUCGUUAUUUGUACAAAAUGUGAACAUAUCAUGCACUCACAUUGCGCAGCAGAGUGGUGGACACCAGAAAACACACACGAUUUGCCUGAGGAAUGUCCUACAGGCUGCGGCUGCUCGUGCAUGGCAGGUGAGUCAAAGUAA